AUGAAGGCGGCUCGUUUCAGAUCCAGACGUCUGUUCCUGCUAAACUGUCGUAAAACUAAUGUGUUUCCGAAAUGUUUGGACUUUGAUCUUGCGUUGGAUGUGGAAAACCUGGAAUCAAGUCAAAAGUUGGAGAAAGUGGUCAAAAAGUUCAAACUGAAAAUAGUGAGCGUGCUGAUAUCGGAUUCCCAACGUAGCUUAUGUAGAAUCAAAACAUCAUCUGCGAUGUUACGAAGGUGGAUAGAUCGCACACUAACGCAUGAAGAUAUGGUGUUUUUCGAUGAAUCUGUGCAACGAAAGGAGGAAUGCGUAUAUCGCCAAUGUAGCGCAAAAGCAAUCGCCAAACUAGAAAACCUAAAAACAACACUCAUUCGUAAACUACACAAUCACGUUUCGUCGGUUAUAAACCACACAGACACAGAGCUGCCGGAUUUUUUGCUCCGGACUCUACAGUUGGGAUGGAACUUCAACGUUCCGGAUAAAAAACAUCCACCGUACGUAAGAAUGCUAGCUGAGAUCGAGAGCUGCAUACAAUGGGAUUCGCGAGCAGAAACGAUACGGAACGAUAUAUCGAAUGCGUUUAUAAACCACAUCAACUAUACAAAACAGCCACUUCACGAUGAACACGAAUGGAUACGGAAAGAUGUGACGAAGAGCAAACGGUUUCUGAAGGAGCACGCGGACCUGGUAGUAACGAGAGCGGACAAGGGAAAACAAACUGUUAUUAUCACGAGGGAAGAGUAUGACAAAAAAAUGAAUGAACUGGUCAAUGAUGAGAGCACGUAUGAAAGAGUAAACAAGGACUUAACGAUGACUACACUAAGGAAGAUCAACACAAUGCUGGACCUGUGGAGUAGGGAGGAAUGGAUCGAUCAAUCAACGAAGCAUCGCCUCAAGAUUUACCACUGUAACCCCCCACGAAUAUACGGGUUACCGAAGACGCACAAAGAGAACAGACCACUUCGGAUCAUCUGUUCCACGAUUGGUACUGUUACCUACAAAUGUGCAAAAACCACAGAACCCAUCGUCGAAAAUAGAUUGUCGCUAAACGAUAUUGGAUCGUAUGCCAUGCAAUGUCCAAGAAGCAAUACCCUGCCUGCACCACUAAAGCCUUACCGUGCGAUCUCAACAGAACAGCCGAAAGCCAGUCUCACCAAUUUGACCAGCUGUCGACUAACCGAAGAGUCGAGACAUAAAGAACUCACCUGCACCGAUGAGCACGCGGCACAAAACGACCAAUUGAUACCACUCAUAUCACGAUCAUACUACCGAUCGUCAAGUGGUGAAUUUCACCUUACUUGCUAA